GCGACGCGACUUUACACAGCUUUGCUUAGCCUUUGAAUAUGAUCUGAGCCAGGAUUGAGCUUUUUGAAUCAAGAUAGAGAGCCCUCGAUUGUUUUUAUCGGUCCUCGAUAUAGCCCUCACAACACCUCCGUCCCGCACCGACAAUGAAAUCUCCCUUCCUCGCUAUCGUCAGCCUCGUCCCGCUCCUCGCCUCCGCCAUUCUCCCCUCCAACGCCGUUCCCCUUCUCCCCUCGCAAGAACGCGCAUUAAUAUCCCUGAAAGCCGCUUGGGGAAACUGCGUGGUAACCAACACAUGGAUACCCGGCGCCGACUGCGCGAAAUGGUCCGGCAUCGCCUGCGACGAUCGCGGGAUGGUUACCCAGUUAUACAUCAGCGACUACUCCUGCACCGGCGCUUUGACGGAAGCCGUCGGAAAUCUGACGGAGUUGACGCAGCUUGAUCUGACCAACAACUGGCGCAUCGGCGGCGGCUUGCCCAAGAGCCUCUCGAAAUUACAGAAGCUCGAGUCGCUCGGCAUCAGCGACAACAUCCAUGGAAGAAUCUCCGGCGGCCUCCCGGAAUCCAUCGGGAAACUCACGCGCCUCACCUUCCUAGCGUUCCGCGGAACAGGGCUCGCGGGGAGCAUUCCGCGCGGGCUCGCGCGCCUGAGUCGCGUCGAGUAUCUCGACCUGGAUUAUAACCGACUCACAGGGGAAAUCCCUCGGGAAUUGUCCCGCAUGGCGGCACUCAACACGCUUGAUUUGGGCGGGAAUCGGUUGACCGGAUCAGUUCCCCCGACCCUCGCUAAAAUUAAGGGCCUGAAGCGGCUGCGUCUCGGGAAGAACAAGCUUUCGGGUGCGCUCCCCGUGACCGUUGUACUCGCUAUGAAGAGCCUCGAAGAGCUGGAUCUGCACAACAACCGGUUUACUGCUUCGUCUAUCGCCGCCCUUGCGAACCAUCCGUCUCUGACAGACAUUAAUCUCAGCUGGAACCAUAUUACGGGCAGGGUGCCCUCCCAGUUCGGGCAGAUGAAGAAGCUGGGGGCUCUGCGAUUGGCUGGAAACAGGCUCAGAGGAACAGUUCCGGAGGCUCUGCUGCAGAACUUGCCGAACCUCUACGAGUUGGACCUUUCUUUCAACGGGCUAAGCGGGGAGUUUCCCUGGGCGAACUUGAAAAAUGCCCCGGUUAUCGAGUACCUGAACCUGCAGCGCAACGCGUUUACCGGCGCGAUUCCCGCUGACGCGUUUCAGAACGUCCACGUGGCAGUCUUUAACAUAUCCUUCAAUCUUUUCUCCGGGCCCAUGCCGAAUCUAGGGUUCAUGGGAGGAGAAGAGGAGCCGCCAGUCGACGUGCGCGGGAAUUAUUUUUGGGGCAGCCCGGAGUUCAUCAUGUCCAAUCAGAAAGUAUGCCCAGAGGAGGGGCAGGCGGACCCCGACUCAGGCGACGACGAGUACCUCGCAGCGCUGAAUUGCCUCGGUAAGAGCAGCUCCUGUAACAUGAAACAGCAACGUAGUAGAGCAGCAUGUAGUAAUUAUUGUGGGACGAGUACGACAAACGGCCCGUGCUCGGGGCACGGCGUGUGCGUUCCGGCGGGUGGGGCCGUUUUCAAGUGCAGGUGUGCGAGCGGGUACAAAGCGGUGGGGGGGAAGCCGCACGAGUGUGUCAAGGCAUGACGCGUCGAGGCUUGAAAGGCGCAUGGAGAAACGAGAGUUGUCUUGCCUCUUUAAAAUCGUAUGUGGGUGCGUGCGCGUGUGUGUUUGCGCGCGAGAGUGAGGGUGCAGAUGCGUGUGUGUUGAGGGCAGGUUAAAGCCGUUGACCCAAAUUGCAGAAAUUUUGUUUCAAGUUUAUUAAUCUUGAAACUGCCCUUCUGGUGACCCAGUUCCGCAAAACGAGAGGGAAAACUAAGAUCGCGCACCAAAAAGACGGGAAACAUGUGAUAGGCGUGCGCCACCCCCAGCCAAUUCCGCCCCUGCCCCCGAUACACCAGGUGUUUGAGCGGAAAGAAACUUGAAACAUGCGCUCAUACAUUUUGGGACUUUUGAAGUGCAACCCAGCCCAGCGCCACCACGCCUAAGGGUGUGGUACUUCUGCAAAAACUGGGUCAAGUUGUGCAGCGCAGGAAUCACAGUUUGCGAAGUGC